AGAUAUUCAAGCGCAGAGGUUAUGUCUCGCCUAACCGCCUACCCCGGGUACACCGGGUAAGGGGUGUCUUGGCAUUACUGCACUCUCAUUUCCCAAAGGAAAAUUCAAUGCCAAGCGCCUGAAAACUGGGCAGUGCUGAGCAGAACUGCAUCCAGAAUGAAGUCAGGCAGCAGGAUUGGCUGUGCCAAUGUCUUGGAAUAUCGACUCCUGUACAUAAUCCCACUGGUACGGCGGCUCUCCGCCAAGUGACUGGUUUCAUCGUGAUGAUUCGAUAUAAUCCGAUGGGUUCCAUUGUCUUAUUGCCCUUUUGUUCCAGGAGAUGCACACUCAUAUUCUCCUCUUAAUCUCAAUGCACUUGACUUCUGCUCUCCAUCUCCCAGUCCUAUGCAUUUCCUCCGAUGUCGGUCACCGCUCGGCUCGCGUCAAAUGAGGCCUGUGAUCCUUUCUAGGUGGUUGGCCACCCUUUUGGCCUGCCUUCUCAUACAAAAUGUCAUCGCGAUUGAAGUUAACCCUGAGGAUGAGACGUCCCUCAAAAAUGCCGCCAAGACCGUCGCCACCACCAUGAUGGAUUUCUACAAUGCCCGUGACUCGAAAGCUAUUCCAGGAAAAAUGGACGAUACCUGGUGGGAGGGUGGUUCGAUGUUUAUGACCCUCAUUCAGUACUGGUAUUUAACAGGCGACACCCAGUUCAACGACGCCAUCCAGGAAGGCAUGUAUUGGCAAAAGGGCGAAAACGACUUCUUCCCAAGCAACUACUCUCAGUACCUGGGUAACGACGAUCAAGUGUUCUGGGGAUUAGCGGCGAUAACCGCCGGGGAACUGAACUUCCCCGAAAUAGACGGCGAACCCUCGUGGGUUUCUCUGGCGGAGGGUGUCUUCAAUGGACAGAUUCCUCGCUGGGAUAUGACCGCUUGCGGUGGUGGCUUGCGAUGGCAGAUCUGGCCUUACCAGGAUGGAUAUAAUUUGAAAAACGCCAUCUCCAACGGCGGCUUGUUCCAGCUGUCAGCGCGUCUGGCGCUAUAUACCAAGAACGCGACCUAUGCCGAGUGGGCCGAGAAGAUUUGGGAUUGGAGUGCGUCUACGCCGCUGUUGAGGAAAACAUGGGUUAUUGCCGAUACCACUACUAAUGCUGCGAGUUGCAAGGAUCAUGGUGAUCAUCAAUGGACUUACAACUACGCUACGUAUAUAUCAGGUGCGGGCUAUAUGCACAACUACACCAACGGCACUGAAAGCAAAUGGCUCGAAGGCGUAACGGGCCUGAUCAAGACAUCUGAUCAGUUUUUCCCCGAAUCCGGCGGGAAACAAAUCAUAUCCGACAUCACCUGUGAGCCGAUUAAUAAGUGCGAUCGCAAUCAGAAAACCUUCAAGGCAUAUUUCACUGGAUGGCUCGGAUUCAUGUCGCUGAUAGUGCCGGCCAAUGUCACGGCGGACGUAAUGGGGAGAUUCAAGGUCUCCGCUGUUGCUGCCGGUCAACAAUGCUCCGGCGGAAGCGAUGGGAAGCAUUGUGGAAUUCGUUGGACGAAGAAGACAGAAUGGGAUGGGACUAUGGGCUUGGAGCAGCAGAUGUCUGUCUUGGGUGUUCUUAAUGCUGCCAUGGUCCCAUUCUCGGCCGCGGGCCCUUACAAUGCUGACAAUGGUGGGAAAUCUAAAAGUGACCCACACGGGGGCACCAAUACCAAGGGAAGCACGGGGCCUGGACCUGUCACUACAGGUGAUAGAGUUGGCGCGGGAAUCUUGACUGCGGUCUUCGUUAUAUUCUGGGUUGGGGCUAUAUCUUGGAUGCUUGUUGGAGGAAAGUAGAUACACUCAAUUGGGAAGGCGUUAAAUAUAUGUACAUUUGGAAUCUUGAUACCCUGAGAAAUUCAGGCUUUUUU